AUGACUCAUGACCUUAGACAAGGUUGCUUGCAGCCUUACAAGUGUUUGCCCCUCCCUAACACGUCAGAUUACCCCCGCUUCCUUAAGAAGAACACAAAUUCCAUCUUCCUCUCUCACACCCAAACUGUUCUCCCCCAGCUCGGUGGUUCUGGGGAAGAUGACACUCUUGCCCUCGACUUAGAACACCCGGAUGAUGAUGAUGCUUAUCAUCUUUUUGAUGACGAUUUGGUCCAGCUUCCCUCUAGUUCCACUGGGUUUGGUGAUGAUUUGGGUAAUGGGGACCCGAAUCUUGAACCUUAUGAGGGGAUGGAGUUCGAUUCCGAACAGGCCUCCCGCAUUUUCUAUAAUUCUUAUGCUAGGAGAGUUGGUUUUAGUACAAGGGUCAGUGUGUACCAGAGGUUACGCCGCAAUGGGUCUAUAAUCUGCCGGCAGAUUGUGUGCUCCAGGGAAGGGUUUCGGCGUGAUGGGGGUGAGAAUAGGUCAAAAAGGCAGCGCAAGGUUACUAGAGUUGGCUGCAAGGCGCAGAUGACUGUCAAGAAGAAGCAGAGUUCAGGGAGAUGGGCGGUUUCAAAGUUAGUUAAGGAGCAUAAUCAUGAGCUUGUGCCGCCGGAUAAGGUGCAUUGUCUCCGUUCGCAUAGGCAUGUGUCUGGUCCUGCUCGGAGUCUGAUUGAUACUCUUCAAGCGGCCUGGAUGGGGCCCAGUGGGGUGAUGUCUGUGCUGAUCAAGGAAUAUGGGGGAGUGAAUAAUGUUGGGUUUACGAAAGUUGAUUGUCAGAAUUACAUGACUAGUAGCAGGCAGAGGACUCUGGGGAGUGGUGGCCAGGUUGUUUUUGACUAUUUGAAGCGAAUGCAGGAUGAGGAUCCUGGUUUCUUUUGCGCUGUCCAGGGUUAUUUUGAGAGCUCAAUAGGUAAUGUAUUCUGGGCUGAUUCAAAUGCAAAUGAUUAUAGUUACUUUGGAGACAGUGUUACAUUUGACACCACAUAUAGAACAAAUCGAUACCGGGUUCCAUUUGCUCCAUUUACGGGGUGGAAUCAUCAUGGACAGCCGGUGUUAUUUGGAUGUGCAUUACUCUUGAAUGAGUCGGAGUCCUCGUUUGUUUGGCUGUUCCAGACUUGGUUAGCUGCUAUGUCUGGCUGCAAACCUGUCUCAAUCACAACAGACCAGGAUAGAAUCAUCAGGGCUGCUGUUAUGCAAGUAUUUAUUGGAACGCGGCACCGCUUUUGUAAAUGGAAUGUGUUCAGGGAAGCUCAGGAGAAGUUGUCCCACAUUUAUCGAUCACACCCAACCUUUGAAGCCAAGUUUUUGAGGUGCAUUAAUGUGACAGAGACGAUUGAUGAAUUUGAGAUAUGCUGGGAGUCUCUAAUUAAAAGGUAUGAUGUUGAUAGUAAUGAAUGGCUUCAGUCAAUGUCCUAUGCUCGCCAGCAAUGGGUUCCAGUUUUCCUUCGUGAUACAUUUUUCGGGGAGAUGUUUGUAACCCAAGGAAGUGAUAAUAUAAACGCAUACUUUGAUGGCUAUAUAAAUGCAUCAACGAAUAUUCACGUGCUGAUAAAGCAGUAUGAAAAAGCAAUCGAUACUCGCCAUGAAAAGGAAGUUAAGGCUGACUAUGACACAUUGAACGUCUCUCCAAUUCUAAGGACUCCAUCUCCUAUGGAAAAGCAAGCUGCGAAACUCUAUACGGGGAUAAUAUUUAUGAAGUUCCAAGAGGAAUUGGUCGAAACACUUGCUUAUCGGGCAACUCUGGUUGAUGAUUCUAGAUCUGAAACCAUGUUUCAGGUUGCAAAGUUUGGGAAAGACCACAAAGGGCACUUUGUUAAGUUAAAUGUUUUUGAGAAGAAAGCUAGUUGUAGCUGCCAAAUGUUUGAAUUUUCAGUUAUCAUUUGCAGGCACAUACUAGCAGUUUUCAGAGUGACCGAUGUUCUUACACUUCCAUCACACUAUAUAUUGAAACGUUGGACCAGAAAUGCCAAAAGUGGUGUUCUGUUGGAUGAGAAUGCUCUUGGAUUGCCCAUUGCUUUGCAUGAUUCCUACACUGCUCGGUGUGACAUUCUGCGAAGGGAAGUGGCCAGAUAUGUAGAAGAAGGGGCAGAAUCUGAGCAUGUUUAUAAUGUGGCAAUGACUGCUCUUUGUGAGGCUGCAUUCCUGCAAACAAGGUUGCUGCUGCAAAGAAGCAGGGUCCUGGAAGAUCAGGAUAAGAAAAUUGAGGAAUUGACAGCUGAGUUGGAAAUUGCUAGUCAGCGAUGUGAAGCAUAUCAAGCAAAACUACAUACUAUUUUGAAGGAUAUGGAAGAGCACAAGUUAAAAAUAUCAGUGAACGUUCGGAAUGUUAAGCUAAAUCUCAAAAUGUAG